AUGACUUCAAACGAAGAUUCAGAGCGAAUAGCCGGUUGGGCUGUUAGUGGUGAUGAACGUGAUAUCAAAUCUCCAAUUCUAUACUUAACUGAUGGUCUUCUAAAAGAACAACUCUUGCAUGAUGAAGAUCUAAUUACGGAUCAAACAAAACUCAAUAAAUCGAUCGUCUUCUUCUUGGACGAAAUCCAUGAACGGUCUAUUAAUAUUGAUCUUUGUCUAGCUUUGCUAACUCGUUUGCUUACUAAAAAACCAUAUCUACAAUCGAAAAUGAAACUCGUCAUUUCCUCUGCAACACUAGAUUCAUCUGUACCGGCAUUAUUUUUACAAAAGAUUAAGAUGCUUAAAUUCGGAGAAUUUAAAAUGCCAAAACUAGGUACGCUUUAUCCAGUAAAGAAGCAUAAGCGACCCAAUGACAAUAUAAUCACUUUGGUACAGAAACUGAAUAAGAAGCGGCAACGAAACGAACAGAUCUUAUGUUUUGUCAGUUCCACUGCUGAAGCACUUCGUGGACCUCGUCUAUUGCAAGAGGUCAGUUCUGGCGCUAUUAUUGCAUACUCACUUAUCCAAUCACAAUCUGCUACUGAACAACAGAUGAACAUCGAGCACGGUAAUAUCUUUUUUUCAACUACCGUGGCUGAAACCUCGCUGACGUUUCCUUCUCUUCGAUAUGUGAUUGAUACCGGCAUGGUUAAAAUACCGAAGUACGAUUUGAAGAUGCAACACACAGUGUUGGAAAAAGUCCGAGUCGCUGAAUCAACCAUAAAACAACGUCUAGGACGUUUAGGACGAACUCAGCCGGGUGAUUAUUAUGCAUUAUACGAUUUCAAAGUUGAUGAAAAGAAAUUUCCUACUGCACAAAUAUGUCAGUCUGAAUUGACUACUAUUGAAUUGUCAUUAAGAAAGUCACCAGCACAAGAGGGUCUCAAUAAGAUAAAGAAGUUCUUACCCGAUGAACCACCACAAGCAGCAAUUGAUAUGGCUUUGACGAAAUUAAGACGAGUUGGUAUGUAG